AUGAAAUCUGGUUUACUACUUGCUGUGAUUUUACCAGUUGCUUUUGCUGUGAAAAAAGACCAACAAAGUUGUAACUCCAGUUGUGUCAAGGUCUUACAAAAACAACAAGAAUCAUGUCCUUCAGGUUCAGAUGCCGAUUGCUUAUGUAAAUUAUCUGACUCAGAUUACUGGGAACCAUUGACUGACUGUGAUUGUAUUAACCCAGAUAAAAAACUUUCAGCAUCAGAAAUUAAGGUUCAAAUAUGUGGGGCUCCAUCAUCAUCGUCAACACCAACCUCAUCAACAGAAACAACUUCAUCAACAGAAGCAGAAACUACCGAAGCAGAAACCACUGAACAACCAAGCAGCAGUACCAGCAGUAAUACCGAGUCAUCUAAAACUACUAUUCUUGAAACCCCCUCUAUACAAGAGCUCAAUGCUGAAUCAACUACUAGUGUUAUUACCCCCUUAACAGAAUCAGCUGUGGCUGCCGUAGCAAAUACUGACACCAGUACUUUAAUUGAACCACAAAACACAGAAGCUACACCAGAAGUUGCUCCAUUAAUUCAACCUCAACUAAAUAAUGGGUCUGAUUUGGCCCAAGUAUCUGUUCAAGCAUUUGAAAAUGGUGCUGGAAGAGCUGCUGUUAUUGGAUCUGGUUCAUUACUUGCAUUGUUAUUGAACUUUAUUUAA